AUGCAGAAGUGCCGGGCCGCCAAUUCCAUCCUGGGGUCCAGGGCGUUUGUCCCCGCUCCCCGGGUCCAAUUCCAGCUCCAGCGCCGGAAUCUCCAGGAUGUCGCCAUCACAAGGACCGGAAAGCCGCUUUUGAAGGUUCCGGGACAUACCGCUACCGUCUUCGGUGCCACUGGUUUCCUCGGUCGAUACAUCGUUCACAGACUCGCUUCGCAGGGAUGCACGGUCGUUGUGCCCUACCGCGAGGAGAUGGCUAAGCGUCAUCUGAAGCCGACCGGUGAUCUUGGUCGCGUCAACUUCAUUGAAUAUGACCUGCGCAACACCCAGUCCAUCGAGGAAAGCGUGCGACACAGUGAUGUGGUCUACAACCUUGUGGGCCGCCAAUACCCGACCAAGAACUUCUCCUACACUGAUGUCCACGUCGACGGUAUCGAGCGAAUUGUGGAGGCUACCGCCAAAUACGAUAUCGACCGAUACAUCCACGUCUCCUCCUACAACGCGGACAAGAACUCGCCCUCCGAGUACUUCGCCACCAAGGGAUGGGGCGAGGAAGUGGCUCGUUCGAUCUACCCCGAGACCACCAUUGUCCGUCCGGCCCCCGUGUUCGGUUUCGAGGACAACCUCCUGCACAAGCUGGCCCGAGUGACCAGCUUGUUCACCGCCAACCACAUGCAAGAGCGCUUCUGGCCGGUUCACUCCAUUGAUGUCGGAACUGCUCUCGAGCACAUGCUGCACGACGACUCGACCGCGGGUCAGACCUUCGAGCUGUACGGCCCCAAGAACUACUCGACCGCCGAGAUCGCCGAGCUGGUGGAUCGCGAGAUCAUCAAGCGCCGCCGCCACAUCAACGUGCCCAAGGCCCUGCUGAAGCCGUUCGCGUACUACAUGAACAAGCUGCUCUGGUGGAACGUGGGGUCCGCGGACGAGAUUGAGCGCGAGUUCAUCGACCAGAAGAUCGAUCCCACGGCCAAGACCUUCAAGGACUUGGGUAUUGAGCCUGCCGAGUUGGAGAACCUGACUUUCCACUACUUGAAAGGCUACCGUAGCGCCAGCUACUACGAUCUCCCUCCGGCGACGGAGCAGGAGCGCGCGGAGGAAAAGAAGUACCUGCACGUUCUGGACACUCAGAAGAAGCAGAAAAUGUCCCCAAAAUACCCCUUCGCAGAACAACAUCCCAACAGACCACCCAUCCUCCUCCUCAAAACCCGCUCAUCCCCGAAAGACACCUACGAAGAGUACUUCUCCGCGCGCGGAUACAACCCCGCUUUCGUCCCGGUUCUCGAACAUCGCUUUCGGGGGGAGAGUCUUUCUUUUAUCAGAGACGUGAUUGAGGGGGGUGGCUUCACCACUGGGGUUCAUCAUACCGCGAAUGGGGGGAAUGAGGAGGAUAGCAAUGAGGAAGAGGGGGAGAGGAGUAAAAGAUAUGGCGGCCUCAUCUUCACCAGCCAGCGCGCGGUGGAAGCGUUCGGAGCUGUUCUGGGGGGGAUGGAUCAAACAUCGUUAACGUCCUCGUUCAACCCUCCCACCUCGAACCCCGCUCAAUCCCUCCCAAUCUACACCGUCGGCCCAGCGACCUCCCGCGCCAUCUCGGCCCUCGCAGAAUCGUACCUCCCCAACACAAGCGUCCUCGGCGAACACUCUGGUACGGGGGAUGUGUUGGCGGGGUAUAUAUUGGAGCAUUAUAACAACCUCCAUUCUCACCACCACAACGACAACAACAACAACAACAACAGUGAUCACCAAAAGAGUGGAAAGGAGGAAAAGAAACCAUCCCUCCUCUUCCUCGUCGGCGAGCAACGCCGCGAUAUCAUCCCCAAGACACUUAUGGGUGAGGGGACGCCUGCUGAGCGCAGGAUUGGGGUUGAGGAGGUCGUUGUUUAUGAGACGGGUGUUAUGGGGGGGUUUGAGGGGGAUUUUGCGGGGGCUGUUGAUGCUGGAGUGGACUGGUUGGGUCGUUCGGCUUCUUUGCCUUCUUCGAAGGAGGGGGGGGUGGAUGGUGUGGAUGGUGCAGACAAAAGGGACGGAGGAGUAUGGGUUGUGGUAUUCUCCCCCACAGGCUGCGACGCCAUGGUGCGAGUCCUCGGCUUGGACGGAUCCGGGGAAAGCAAAAGAAAGGAAGGGUUCUAUGUCGCGACGAUCGGCCCUACCACGCGAGAUCACCUGUUGAAUAAGUAUGGUGUUCGGGCGGAUGUGUGUGCGGAGAGGCCGAGUGAGGAGGGGGUUUAUACUGGGAUUGAGGAAUUCAUGAGGGGCCGAGGAUCUUCUUGA